AACCCUGCCCACCCCUGUUGUGCAUCCGGGGAGCGGCUGCAAUGGCCGCUGCCUGCGCGGAGUUGGUCGAUGGGAGGCCUCUCACUCUCUAAACUUCUGUGGCAGCGGGCGAGGGGGCCGGGAGGACACGCACCGCCAUGCGAUUUCGGGCUAAAAUCGUGGAUCUCGCUUGCCUCAACCACUUCAGCCGUAUAAUUAACACAAUCGCCAAGUUAGCCAAGACCUGUAUCCUGCGCCUUACUGUCUGCAAGCUGUAUUUCAUCCUCUCCGAUAAAGUAGCAAAUGGAGGCGCCAGUAUGUGGUGUGAGCUGUGCCAGGGGAAUUUCUUCGAUGAAUAUCAGAUGGAAGGAGUAGCUGCAGAGCACAAUGAAAUCUAUUUAGAGUUGGUGCCUGAGAACCUGUCGAGAGCAUUAAAAACUGCCCAGAAUGCUAAGGCAGUGAAGAUCAAGUUGACUAAUAAACACUGUCCCUGUCUCAGAGUUGCUGUGGAGCUACCAUCCUUAUCAAGCAGCAGUAGGAUUGUGACACAUGAUAUUCCCGUGGGAGUUAUUCCCAGAAGAAUGUGGAAUGACUUCAGAGAGCCCAGUGUGCCAGAUUUUGAUGUCAGUAUUUAUUUACCAGUGCUGAAAACAAUGAAGAGUGUUGUGGAAAGAAUGAAGAAUCUUAGCAAUUUUAUUGUGAUUGAAGCAAACUUGAGUGGAGAAAUGAACUUGAAAAUAGAAACUGACUUAGUAUCUGUAACAACACAUUUUAAAGACCUGGGAAAUCCUYCCUGGGCAUCAGAGGAUGGAUGUCAAAGUUCUGCUCAAGGCAGAGAUCUGGAAAGUAUGGCUGAGGUAUGCRUAGACAUCAAGAAGCUGCAGCAGCUGCUUGCUGGACAGCAGGUCAAUCCUACAAAAGCAUUGUGCAAUAUUGUAUGUAAAAGAGUUGUCCAUUUCAUCUUGCUCCAUGAGGAGGUUUCACUUCAGUAUUUUAUUCCAGCAAUUGCCUGAGUGUUUGGAAUCUUCGUCUUUUUCCAACCUGAGGCCUCUUUCAUGAAGUCUGAAAUCUUUUCUGAGUUGCUGGAGUAUUUUGAUSUGAGACACUGUUAGAUGCAGCCAUCAGAUGGACAUUGUUUCAAUAUUUAUGAAAGUAUUCAAAAUACCUCCUCUUCCAGAAAGCCGUUUUUGUGAACAGUUAUAUGCUAUGAAAGACACAAUGCUUGAGAGUGUUGGUGUAUCUUAGUCUUAGGAGGAGCAAAACUGAAAUUUCAGUGCGCUUUUGGGACGUUUUGAGCUGUGGGUAAAGGCAAUGAAGUGUUUCAGUCUCCUCAAAAAACUAAAGGUAUAACUCACCUCUGGAGCUGGUGCUGUGUGUAUUCAGUAUUGAGCAAUGCAAUCCAAAUUGAGGCAUCUCUGAGCAAGCUGUCAUACCUCCAUGAAGCAGGAGAGCCCUCUGGAGGGUUUCCAGAUUGAUAUUUGCCUGGACAACUUUGCAUAGCCCACCUGAAGUGGUAUGGAAUUGAAUUCUGUUCCAGUAGAAAUCUUCUGACUAUACUUGCUACAACAUACCUCARUAGCUCUGUUUUUGCUUACUAUUUGAUUAACUCUUGGCCUGAGAGGAUGAGYCUCUUUGUUAAUGUGGGCAAUGAAAAUCCCUGUGAAUGAAUAUUGUAUGAGGACAUAUGGUGAGAAAUGAGCAAAUGGUGUGAAAUAAAGAACAAGUUAUCUUGCAUAAAAUGGAUCAGAUUUUCUCUCCUUUCCAGAUAAAAAAACAUGAUACAACCUGUGUCGUCAUGGUGUUAGACAGAGUGAGGUUGCCUGUGAGGAGCCAUUUUAAUCUUGGUUUGCCUCAACACUCCUUGUCAGAGGCAUGUAGGGGAAGGGGUGCACACAUGCAGCCUGCAGGAGGCAAACAGGAGAUGGGUGAAGCCUUGUCUCUGGGGGGCUUUUGCCUGGCAACACCUCAGAUGGGUACGUGGAGAGACAUUUCUCCAAUCAGAUGGUGGAACGGCUUCACCAAUGGAAGAARCUUGGACUGGACCAGUGGUCUCCUGGUCAGCAGGCAGACUUUGGGAGGAGCUAGGGGUUAUAAAAAAAUCAACUGCACCAUGAGCCUUCAGGAGUGAAUUCGGGAGUUGAAUUCGGGAGCUGAAUUUUCAGAGCUGAGUUUUGAGGAGCUGGACUUUGGGGACUUUGCUGAGCUGGAGUURGGGGUGGUCGUCUGUCUCUGUGCGUGUGGCUGGGUUUUUUUG